CCCAUUCUGCAAGCGAGCAUCUCUCUCAUCUCUACGCUACACGACACGACACCAUGGCCAAGCUCAACACCCCCAUCACCGAGCUCUUCGGCAUCCAGCACCCCGUGAUCCUCGCGGGCAUGAACGUCGCCGCGGGCCCCAAGCUCGCUGCGGCGGUCACGAACGCCGGCGGCCUCGGCGUCAUCGGCGGCGUCCGUGCGACCCCCAAGUACCUCCGCCAGCAGAUCCACGCGAUCAAGAAGGACUUGAACGACCCCAACGCGCCGUUCGGGAUCGACCUCCUCCUCCCCCAGAUCGGCGGCAGCGCGCGCAAGACCAACAAGGACUACACUGGCGGCCAGCUCGACGACCUCAUCUCCGUCAUCAUUGAGGAGAAGGCUGCGCUCUUCGUCUCGGCUGUCGGUGUGCCCCCGAAGGAGGUUGUCGACCGCCUGCACAAGCACGGCAUUGUCGUUAUGAACAUGGUCGGCCACCCCAAGCACGUCGCCAAGGCGCUCGCCGUCGGCGUCGACCUCAUCUGCGCACAGGGCGGCGAGGGCGGCGGCCACACCGGCGACGUGCCCUUCUCGAUCCUGAUCCCCGCAUGUGUCGACGCUUGCAAGGGCAAGGUCUCGCCUCUGACGGGCAAGCCGAUCUCCGUCAUCGCGGCGGGCGGCAUCGCCGACGGGCGCGGCCUCGCCGCGUCGCUCAUGUACGGCGCCGACGCCGUGUGGGUGGGCACGCGCUUCGUGGCGUCGACCGAGGCCGGCGCGCCCAAGAAGCACAAGGAGCUCGUCGUCACUGCCGGCUUCGGCGACGCCCAGCGCACCCUCAUCUACUCGGGCCGUCCCAUGCGCGUGCGCUACACCGACUACGUCAAGGACUGGGAGGAGAACAGGCAGGAGGAGAUCAAGGCGCUGUGCGACCAGGGCAUCAUCCCUCACGAGGACCACAUGGAGAAGCACCCCGAGACGGGCGCCAAGGGCAUGAAGUGGCUGAUGGGGAGUAACGCGGCCGUGAUCAACGACAUCAAGCCCGCAAAGGAGAUUGUCGACGAGAUGGUCAACACCGCCGUCCGCUGCAUCCAGACCGGCGCGACCGACCUCUCCGCCGGCGGCCGUGCGCGUCUCUAAGUUGUAACGGCGCAGACCUGGUGGAGUAGCCAGCCGGGCCAGCUGUUGUAGUAAAAGUAGGUUGGGAUUACAUGCAUUGGUAGGAC